AUAUGUUUUCUUAUAUCCAAUUAACUGACAACAAUUAAUAUUGAAUGUCAACAAAGUUGGUGACUUUUAUUUUCCAAACUUUCAUCAGCUUUGAUUAGUUAAUCAUUUUAAACUAAUUCAGUUAAUAAUAAACUGUUGGUGAAGGUUAAUGAAGUUAAUUGUCAAUUUUUAACAAUUUAAAUUGACAAGUAUAUAAUAAAUUGUUUCUUAUUUAUUGUCAAUCAAGAGUAAAUUCAAUUCCGAGACCAAUGAAGUUAAUUUUACUGUUUAUAUGUUUCGCGUUUAUGGUAACGAUUAGCAAUUUAACAGUUAAUUGUUCUAGUUUAGCAAAUCAUUCAGCGAAUCAUGAUGAAAUUAAAAUCAGACACAAUCCUGAUGAUCGAUAUCGAUUUAUGGCCUUAAUUUAUUCGGGAAAUUGUUACCAUGUUUGUAGUGGUAUCUUUUUAUCCUCCAACUUGGUACUGACCACUGCUGAUUGUGUCCAAAGUCCAAUAGGGGAUAUACGAGUUUACGAAAAUCGCGUAAAUUAUUUUCCCGAUUGUACAUUUGACGUUGACCUGAACCCGGUGGAGGAAAAGUUUUUCGCGAUCAAAGAGGGAACGGGAGUGAUGCAGAAGCCUAAAAAUCCGGCCUACAGGCCAGUUCUAUUGAAACUAAGCCCUUUCAACUACCGAAGUAGUUUCCUUCCUGUAAUCAACAGUGAAGUCGAAAGUGAAUUAAAUUCUGAAAGCAAUUUAGAAGUCAUCUAUCCGGGAUAUGAAAAGAGGGCCUCACUUACGAGGCCCGACAGUCCUCACGAUUGCCCUGAAGAUCAUGACCUUAUCUGCGGAAAACUGAACAUGUUAGAUAGUCAUCUUAAUGCUGAAAAGUCAUACCAACCAGUACCAGCCCACUGUCUCGAUAUUCGUAGUGUACCGCUCAUGUUUAUGUCGAGAAAAGUCAAAAACGGUCAAACCUUUCUGGUUGGAUUGUCCGUUGAUUCCCCGUGUAAACUCAACAAGAUUUCUCGAUUUAUUGACCUAAGUCCGUACAAAUCUUGGAUCAACGAGCAGGUCACAUUGUUGGCUUCAAAGGAAAUCGAUGAGCUGAGUACACAAUCACUGAAUCUUGAAGACGAAAAUGGCCUGACAAUUCCCACUGUUAGUGCACAAUCAAGAUCGAUUGACAGACAAACACCACACUUACCUUAUGGUCUUCAUCCAACUAAACCAAGUACAUUUGGACAUUCAACUGAUUCCAUUGCUAACAAUAUCAAUCGUCAGCCAAAUCUUUACAUAGAUGAAGGUUCGAAGAUGAAAUUUAUCCCUAAUUGUACCACCUCGUUUAAUAGAGAUAAUGGUCGCAUUGGUGAUGGUAAUUGUCUCUGUCAUGUUCAAUCAAAAGAGAUCAAUAUCUCCCUCGAUCCUGAAACUGUCAACAUACUUAAAAAACAGUCUUCUCACCUUCGUGAAACUUUACGCCAAAAAAAUAUCAACAUCGAUAUAAAUAAUAAUAACAAUAACGGCGGAGGAAAUAUCAAUCAAAAUAAAGGAAAAAAAAACCCCAAUAAUCCCCGAGGCUCCUUGGAGAUCAAUGAAUCCCACCAGUCCCAUGAAUCUAAUGAAUCUCGUAUUCCUCAUGGUCCUCAUGAACCGUUUGGCCAUUCUACCGGAAAGGAGCAUAUCAAUAUCGACAUCGACAACAAUAAUAAUAACGAUAACGAUAACGGUCCAAAGGAAGGAAUCAAAAUCGAGAAUAUAAUAAACAAUUCAAAUACAAACACGAAUCAAAAUUUUCGAGCUUAAAAUUCAAUCGACCAAUCGGUUAAUUGUGAUUCUUAAUUGUUAAACAAUUCCAAUGUUGUGUUAACUAAUGUUCAAAUUAAAAUGACUUCCGUUCCUUUGAUAA